AUGUCAACGCUCAGUAACUGGCUCUGGGGCGUGUCUCAACUCGAUGAGGCUGUUGACAAAGCGACCUCGGAGUUGCUACCAGCUGGUAUGGAGGACAUUGCGCUCAACCUCGAGAUUUGCGACCAAAUUCGGUCCAAGUCUGUGUCAGCUAAAGACGCCAUGCGCGCCCUGAAACGGAGGCUAAACCACACGAAUCCAAACGUGCGGAAUCUGGCGCUGGGGCUGACCGACGUAUGCGUCAAGAACGGAGGGGACUUGUUUCUUGUCGAAAUUGCUUCGCGGGAGUUUAUGGACAAUCUAGUCUCCAUUCUCAAGAUCCCGAUUCUCAAUCUGGAGGUCAAGAAUAACAUCCUGCGACUCGUCCAGAAUUGGAGUAUUGCGUUUGAGGGCAAGCCAAGCCUGAGCUAUGUUAGCACAGUAUACAAGACGUUAACUAGUGAAGGCUUCAAGUUUCCACCGAAAGACCUUUCCCUUGCCAAUUCUGCCAUGGUCGACACCCAACAAGCACCAGAAUGGAUUAACUCAGAUGUCUGUUUGCGGUGUCGGACACCUUUCUCGUUCACCAACAGAAAGCAUCAUUGUCGUAACUGCGGCCAGGUGUUCGACCAACAAUGUUCAUCCAAAGUUCUUCCACUACCCCAUUUCGGAAUCACGCAGGAUGUCCGUGUUUGCGAUAGUUGUUACCCCAAGUUGACCAAGAAGAAUGAGCGGAACGACACCAAAGGCCAUAGACACUCUGCAAGUUUACAUGGGACGAGGAGUCGUGCUGCUCGUGAUGCAUCGGAUGCGGAUCUUCAACGUGCAAUCCAACUUUCUUUGCAGGAAGUCGGUGCUGUCAACGGGCGUAACCGGGCUGGAUAUACCCCAUAUCAGCCGGACCCGUCUUCUUGGCAGUACUCAGAACCGCCCAUCGUCGACCGCUCAACUCAUCCAAAGAGCCAAGCCGAAGAUGACGAUCCUGAUCUCAAGGCGGCAAUAGAAGCCAGUCUUCGUGAAUCGGCUGCGCCACGGCCGAGUGCACCGAUGGCUAUCGAAACUCCCCGAACGGAGGAACCCACUUUUGCCUAUAAAAAUUACUCGCAAUCAUAUCCGCCUGCCGUCAACCCACCUCAACCAGUUGCUCGUGUGCCUUCCCAUGAUCUGGCCCCGUUAGAGUCCGAUGCAAUCCUGACGUUCAGCCAGACUGUGGAGCAAGUCCAACAGCAAGGCGUGAGGGACAUGUCGAGGUAUCCGGCAGUAAAUCAACUGUAUGACAAAGCAAAUAGUCUGAGGCCCAAGUUGGCUUUGAGCUUAGAUGACGCUGGGCGGAAAGAGCAGGUGCUUUCGGAGAUGCACGACAAGCUUUCACAAGCAGUCAAACUCUACGAUAAGCUGUUGACAGAACAUGUCGUUCAGCCCCGUUGGCAAUCUCCACAACCAGCCGUCAAUGGGCAAUACGCGCCAUAUGCUCCCCAGCAGCAACAAUGGCCUCAAAGUGCGCCGCCACAACAGACGGAACAAUCGCACUACUAUGCGCAACCUCAACAGCCCCAGUUUACGGGGUCACAAACACAGUAUCAGGCACAAUAUGCUGUCCAGCAGCCACAAUAUGCCCCUUCGCCCCCCGUUCAACCAUACUCUGCUACUCCCGCUCUACCUCCCGUCCAACAGCAACAAUACCAACAAGCAGGUCCCAGCCAGUCGAUGACAUUUGCCCCUCAACCACAGGUGGCUCAAUCAUCAGGACCGUCGCUGGCUACUUAUACACAAUCCCCUCCACCACCACCGCAAACGUUGCAACACUCAUCGCCAUCGGCCCAACCAACCGCUUAUUCAUUACCGCAAUCGCCGGUUCCAGCUCAACCCCAAUACUCAGCUCCCCCACAUAGUCACUCGCCUACGCUGUCCAGACAUAACACUGUUGCUGCAUCGUCAUCACCGUCAGCGACAGCUGCAACCUAUCUUUCCAGGAGCAACACGGUUGCGGCUGGGACCCACCAUCCGGUAAUGCAACGGCAGCCGUCUGUUCAGCAUGUCUACCAACAGCCAACGCAACAAUACCCGACCGUUUCUUCCCCUCCUCCAGCACCAAUCCAAACUCUGCCUGCAUUUCCGGUAGCCCCCACAUCGACGCCCCAGACAUAUUCAAUGUACGCGCCGAAUAUGAUCGCGCCGACCACGAUCCCGACACAGAAAGAGGCGGCGCCGUUGAUCGAGCUGUAG